CAUGGCUGAUGGGAGGCAGGUGAAGUCUGCUGUUCGUGUUGUGGUGCUGUGUUUGUUGUGGUAUCUUGUGAGUUCGAGUAAUAAUGUGAUCGGUAAGAUGUUGUUGAAUGAUUUUCCAUAUCCAAUGACUGUAACGAUGGUGCAGUUAUUAUCUAUUACGUUAUAUUCCGGACCUUUCUUCAAUAUGUCGGGCGUCAGGAAAUUUGUUGACAUCAGCAGAAGUUACUACCUAAAGAUCAUAAUUCCCCUCGCAUUGGGAAAGUUUUUCGCCUCUGUGUCUUCACAUAUCAGUAUAUGGAAAGUACCAGUUUCCUACGCACACACAGUGAAAGCUACGAUGCCGCUCUUCACAGUAAUUUUUUCAAGACUAAUAAUUGGGGAGAAACAAACACUGAAAGUGUACAUUUCACUUGUGCCAAUUAUUUUGGGUGUUGCCAUUGCGACAGUAACCGAAAUGUCAUUUGAUCUUAUUGGUCUGAUCAGCGCCUUAGUGGCGACAAUGGGAUUUUCACUCCAGAAUAUAUUUUCAAAAAAGGUGUUACAUGAUACUGGUGUCCAUCACUUACGGUUGUUGCAUAUACUUGGUCGUCUUGCUCUUUUUAUGUUUCUUCCCGUAUGGGUCUUCACAGACCUGCAGGUGCUUCUACAGGAUCAAGUUAUUAUCAAUGGAGAUAACACAACUGUCCUCUCUCUGUUGUUCAUCGAUGGAGUUCUAAACUGGUUACAGAACAUCAUAGCUUUCAGUGUUUUAUCACUUGUUACUCCUCUGACAUACGCUGUAGCAAGUGCCUCCAAGCGCAUUUUUGUCAUUGCAUCAUCUCUGUUUGUGUUGGGCAACCCAGUCACACUGACAAAUGUUUUUGGCAUGAUGAUGGCUAUAUUUGGUGUUUUGUUUUACAAUAAGGCAAAAUAUGAUGCAAAGAGAACUCACCAGAAACAGACACUGCUGCCAUUCUCACAGCAAUCGUGGCACCAUCAGACUGGCUAUGCAGUGCUCCCAGUGCCUGAGUAUCAGGCAUACAAUGUUCCUUUCAAGUCAAAUGGUGUUGCUAAUGGGCAUUAUCAUUAUAACUUUGGUGGCACAAAGAAAAUGGAGUAUAUCUGAGCAUUUAUGACGAUGAAACAGUUGGUGUGUACAAAUGAAGUGGCGAUUAGAUACUGAAAUUUUAUUGUGUGAAAUACAAUUCUGUGCCACAUGCCAGAACAUAAACUAAAAGAUAAUUAUUUAUAUUUAAAAUACUAUAUUUUUGUACAUGUUAUUAGGUUUGGAGGAGGAGCAGUGCACUUUCUUUGUGAAUCUGUAAAAGUUAAAUGAGGGUGCUACUGUAUAGUAGCAUAUAUUGGUUACAUUAUUUUUGAUCUGUUUUGAAGAUUUAAUGUAUUUAUUAUUUAUUUAUUUAUUGAUUUAUUUAUUCCCAUGAGUAUUUUAUGAUCUGCCAAUGUAUGCAGGUUAAAAUCUGCAUCUUCAAAGGUUUUAAUGCUUAUGAGAUCUGUGACUUUUACAGUAUGCGUGGUGCAGUAUUUUAUAAUAAUUUAAUUUUGUUCAUUUAUUAUUACAUUUUAUUGGAAAUUAAUAGCCACUUUUGGAGCCUUCCAUUAUUUAUAAUAUUUCUAGUUGUUCUUUUUUAUAGCAACCCCUGCCCCAUCUUACUGAAAUAUAAAAGCUAUCUUUGUGUGUUCCUUUCCCUCACCUCAUCUCCACCCCUCCACCUUCCGCUCUCUUGCUAAAUAACACUUCACUGCAGAAGAGUAAAACAAAAUAUUUUGGGAUUAGCUUUUCAAGAGUUUUACACUGGAAUAGUCAUUUAAAAAUUACAUAAACAUUAACUUCAUUGACAAUAUUUUGUGGAUAUUCAGAAAUAGUUUGACUGAGCUGUUACCCCAUUCUGAGUGGUGAUACCAUGUAAUUAUAAGUAGUGAAUAAGAGGCGGAUGUAUGCAAAUGAUAUUUAAAUUCCAAAUAUGAAAGUAAUUUGUUUAUUAAAGACAUUAAAUGAAUUUAUUUGGUGUUUUUCCGUAGAUGUUUGGUGUUGUGGAUUGUAUAAGUUUACUAUGGUUUCUUAAUGGUGACUUUUGUGUUAUGUUUGCGACAAAGAUAUGAUGCUGUAAAACAUGAUGAUGUGAAGUUUGCAAUCAAAUCUGCUAGUGUACCUGAAACUACUAUAUAAGUAAACUCUUUAUUUGUAUAAUGUAAAAUCCAGGAUGGAAUUGUGACAGUAUUAUGGAAAGGAUAGAUUGCUACGCACCAUAUAGCGGAAAUGUUGUCGCAGACAUGCGCAACAAAAAGACUGUGGCGCUGCCAGCCAGAGACAGUGGCCAUGUGUGAGAGCUGUGUGUGUGUGUGUGUGUGUGUGUGUGUGUGUGUGUGUGUGUGUGUGUGGUAUAUUUCAGAAGAAUGUCUUGUGGCUGAAGGCUAUGUAUUUAGUAGUCUUUUUGUUGUGCCUGUCUGCAACUCAACAUCUGCUCUAUAUGGUGAGUAGCAAUCUAUCCUUUUCAUAAUAUUGUCUUUAUGUGUAUAAUUAAUAUUUGUGACAGCUGCUAAAACCUUCACCAUAAGUAAGAAGAAAAAAUGUUUCAUCAUUGGGCAGUUCUAGGAUGUUAUGUACAUAUGUCAACUUAUUCAUUUAUUUUAAAUUAAUUUUAUAUUUAUAAUUUGUAUGGUGCACCUUUAUUGGUUUGCAGAAACUGGAAUUAACUCUCUGGGAGCAGCUGGAGGAAAGGGGAAGGGGUUGCUUUUGCCUUGAGUUGUGCGUUUUUUCCGUAUGGGCUGCAGUUAUCAUCAUAGUACACCAGUAUGAUUAUUACAUUACAGUUACUGCAGUGAAACUUCCUGGCAGAUUAAAACUGUGUGCCCGACCGAGACUCGAACUCGGGACCUUUGCCUUUCGCGGGCAAGC